CCCCGGGGAGCGGCGCGGCGGGGCCAUGGAGGGACCCGUGGAGGAGCCCGGGGACAGCCCCGGGGACGGAGCCGGGGACGACUUCUACGAGCGGUUCGCCGCCGAGCUGGAGGUGCUGGCCGAGCUGGAAGGUUACCCGUCCCCGCCUGCCGGCCCCAAAAUCUCCCAGUUCCGGAGCAGGAGGCAGCCGCUGGAGGAGACGGAGCCAGCCGGGGGGGGCAACCCCAGGAAGAGGGGCCAGGAGUGUGCCCUGCGUGGGUCCCCGCAGCCUUCCCCAGCCCCGGAGCCGCCCGUGGCCCUCACUCCUAAGCCGAAGCGGCAACGGCUGGAAGCCGUGAAGAAGCUGAACUUCGAUGCGGACGAUGAGUUGGUUCCCGAUGUCCUGCAGGAUGCUGCCACAUUCGUGCCUAGCCCAGAGGCGCUGGGAGCUCCCCAGGCUGCCAGGAGCCUGUUGUCCAGCUCGGAGCGCCUGGAGGUGAGCGGCAUGGUGCCCCUGCAGGUCACGCCACCCUCCCACAAGAACCCAAAGCGGGUCCUCAAGCGGCCGCCCAUCCUGGAGGACUACAUCAACGUGACGUCCACCGAAGGCACCAGGGUCUUCAUGGCUGUGAGGGAAGAUCCCUCCAGGACAGGAGUGGAGCUCCCCGACUCCUUGGGCUGGAAUGCGCGCAGGCCGCUCCACUUGCUGGGGGUCCCCUUCUCCUACCUGAAGGAACAAGUGAACGAAGAGCAUCGGAGGCGUGCUCUGGAGGCGUCGCAGCAGUUGACGGAGAUAAUAAACAGUUGCCUUGAGACCUGUGACGACACUGUGGAGCCUCAGGAGGCAGCAGAGGCAGCAGACAAGGAGGAGUCCACACUGCACUGCCUCUGGGUGGACAAGUUUACUCCCCGGCGAUACAUGGAGCUGCUCAGUGAUGAUUACACAAACCGCUGCCUCCUGAAGUGGCUCAAGCUCUGGGACACGGUGGUGUUCGGGAGGGAGAAGCCCGUGAAUAAGGCAAAGUCCAGCGCUGAGGCUCAUCCCCCGUUCAGACAGUCCAAGGAGCAGCAGAAUAAGUGGAAGACGAAGGCCCAGCUCACGGAGGAGAUUCUGGAGGCUGAGUUGGACCAGCACAAGAGACCCAAAUACAAGGUGGCCCUGCUCUGUGGCCCGCCCGGCCUGGGGAAGACCACGCUGGCCCACGUCAUCGCGAAGCACGCGGGGUACAACGUGGUGGAGAUGAACGCCAGCGACGACCGCAGCCCGGAGGUUUUCAAGACCCGCAUCGAAGCUGCCACCCAGAUGAAGUCAGUGCUGGGCGCCGACGAGAAGCCCAACUGCCUGAUCAUCGAUGAGAUAGACGGCGCGCCCACCGCGUCCAUCACCGUGCUGCUGAACAUCAUCAACAGCAAGGAGGCGGAGGGCGAGGCGGCGCCGGGCCGGCGGAGGCGGCGCGAGGGCGGUCUGCUGCUGAGGCCCAUCGUCUGCAUCUGCAACGACCAGUUCGUGCCAGCCCUCAGACCACUGCGGCAGCAAGCUUUCCUGCUCAGCUUCCCCCGCACGGCCCCGUCCCGGCUGGCCCAGCGGCUCGGCGAGAUCGCCCUCCUGCAGGGCAUGAGGGCGGACACGGGAGCGCUGCUGGCGCUCUGCGAGAAGACGGAGAACGACAUCCGCUCGUGCAUAAACACCUUGCAGUUCCUGCACGGCCGAGGCCAGAAGGAGCUGAACGUGCAGAUGGUGCAGACGAUGAAGAUUGGCUUGAAGGACCAAAACAAGGGGCUUUUCUCCAUCUGGCAAGAGAUCUUCCAGCUCCCACGGGUUCAAAGGCACAGGAUAGGGAUGGACCCUACGCUGCCAAACCAGCUGCUGGGGGACGAGGACGACCUGUCGCACCUUGGCGUGAAGGCCGGCCUCAACGCGUCCUCCCACCGCUUCCACCGCGUCCUGCACCUCGCCAGCUCCUCGGGGGAGCAGGAGAAGCUCGCCCAGGGUCUGUACGACAACUUCCUGAACAUGAAGCUGCGGGAUUCCAGUUUCAGCUCGGUGUGCUUGGCCCUGGAGUGGCUGGGCUUCUCCGACAUGCUGAGCAGGGCCGUGCUGCACGGGCAGAGCUUCCAGCUGAUGCGCUACCUGCCCUUCCUGCCCGUGGCCUUCCACCUGCUCUUCGCAGCCACCAGCAUCCCCCGGCUCGCUUACCCCAGCAGCCAGCACGAGGCCCUGGCCAAACAGAACCACAUGCAGAACCUCAUCAUGUCCAUGGUCUCGGGGAUAACGCCCAGCGCUCGCAGCCGCACCGGGCAGCAGUCCCUCGUCUUGGAGGUGCUCUGCCUGCUGCUGGACAUCCUCACCCCGAAGCUCCGGCCGGUGAACACGCAGCUCUACAGCCUCAAGGAGAAGCAGCAGCUCGCUGACCUCAUCAGCACCAUGCUGGCCUACAACCUCACCUACCACCAGGAGCGCCUGCCCGAGGGCCAGUACGUCUACAAGCUUGACCCGAACGUGGAGGAUGUCUGCCGGUUCCCGGACCUGCCGGCUCGCAAGCAGCUGACCUACCAGGCCAAGCAGCUCAUCGCCAGGGAGAUCGAGCUGGAAAAGAUGAGGAGGAUGGAGGCUCUGCUGCAGGCGCGAAACCUCAGCGAGGAGCCAGCAAGAGGCCCCGGUGAGCCAGCAGAGAGCGGGGACACGGGGCCGGCAGCGCCCCAAAACCACCAGCAGCGCCUGGAGCACAUUGUGAGGAGGGCAGCGGUGGAGGACAAGCCUGAGACUGACUUCUUCGGGCGGCCUCUUCUGCGGCAGCGGGUGUCCAUAGCCCCGGCCGCUCAGCCCUCUGAGCAAGAUUCAGUCGAGAGACAGAUGGGAAAGGCCGUGGGCAACAGCGACGUCUGGUUCCGAUUUAAUGAAGGGGUUUCAAACGCGGUCAGGAGGAACCUCUACAUCAAGGACCUGCUCUAGCAGGGACCAGAGGGAACCCAGGAAAUACCGGAGAGAGGAGCGAAAUGAUAAGCUGCCUUUUAGCUGUCUCACCCUUGAAUGGAGCAGGUGCAGGUGGUGCUGAUAUUUUUUUAAUAACCAGUUGUUUUGUUU